GCCGGCCCGGCGCCCAAGAGGUUCAGGACAAUGGUCUCGGACGCGGCGGCUCCUCCGGCCUCGGCGGGGUGCUCCGCGAUGAAGGCCGAGUUCGCCAGGCACACCGACUACCUCAACGCGCUCAACGAUAAACGGGAAAGGCUAGUGAAAGCAAGUCGGGAUGUGACAAUGAACAGCAAAAAGGUCAUCUUUCAAGUCCACAGGAUCAGCAGAAAUAAUAAGGAGGAAGUUCUUUCAAAGGCAGAAAAUGAUCUUGCUGCUGUGGUUAACCAACACAUUGGAAAGUUAGUAAAAGAAUUACAAGGAACCGACUUCUGGAAGCUCAGAAGAGCCUAUACCUUUGGUGUACAAGAAUAUAUCGAAGCUGCAACGUUUUGUAGAUUUUGCAAGACUGGCACUUUAUUGAGUCUAGAUGAGAUCAAUGAUUCUUUGCUAGCGCUAAGUGAUAAAUCUGUUGAGCCCUUGCAGAUAAACGUGCUUGACUAUAUUUUAGGGGUUGCUGAUUUGUCAGGGGAGCUAAUGAGGCUUGCAAUUGGCCGUAUAUCUGAUGGGGAAGUUGAAUAUGCUAAAGAUAUAUGUUCAUUUGUACGUGACAUUUAUAGGGAGCUGACCCUUCUGGUGCCACUGAUGGAUGAUAAUAAUGAGAUGAAGAAGAAAAUGGAGGUUAUGCUUCAAAGUGUUGUGAAAAUUGAAAAUGCUUGCUUCGGUGUUCAUGUGCGAGGAUCAGAGUACAUUCCUAUGCUGGGGUCAUCUGCCGAACCAGAUUACGCGUUUUUUGGUGGCGCCGACUACGACUAGUGAAAUCAGACAAAUCACAAGCUUCUGAUAAAAAAAAAAGACCUGAUGGACAUGCUGCAGGAACUUGUUUCAGAAACGACAUUUUGAAUGAGACAUAACAUGUAUUCUUGUCUAAGCUUUGUGUGGUGUAGCAAGACUGGCCUUCUAGCACUAAAAUGAUCCAUACUUACAUGCAAUUGUUUCUAUCUUCUGGUUCUCUUUUC